AUGAAGGUCCUCGUUGCUUUCCUGGUCGUAUGCCUUGCAGUGGCAGUGCGGUCCCAGAGCUGCAAACAGACUAUUGCCACCUCGUGCACUGGUGGUGACUCGUACAGUUGCGGUGAGGUCACAGUCACUUGCAACUCCUACUGCUUGUCCGGAUCUACGUAUGCCAAGGUUCUAGGUAUUGGUGUUACCAACUGGCACAAGAAAUGCUACACCGCCAGUGACGUUUCCCGCAUCAACUGCGGAACCCAGAACUACACCUGCAAGACGGAUACCGCGUUCGGUUUGACCUCCUCCUACUGCUGGAGAUGCUGCACCGGCACUGACUGCAACAACGGCACUCCACCCAGUGCCUCAUCCUAUGCACAACCUCUGAAGAGAUGCAAAGUGACCACGGGCACAAAUACUGGCAGCACCUACAACUGCGCAGAGAGCACAGAGCCGUGUGAUUCCUACUGUCUGUCAGGGUCUAAUUAUGACAUAGUUAAUGGAUCUGGUGUAACCACCUGGACCAAGAAGUGCUAUACCUCCAAUGACACAUCCCAGAUCGAUUGCGGAACCCAGAAAUCCACGUGCAAGACGGAUGGGUUCGGACACGCAUACUGCAGGAGAUGCUGCAAUGGAACUGACUGCAACGACGACACUCCUCCAAGUGCCUUAUCCUAUGUACAAUCUCUGAAGACAUGCCAAGUGACCACGGGCACAUGUACUGGCACCACCUACAACUGCCUAGAGAGCACAGAGUGGUGUGAUUCCUACUGCCUGUCAGGGUCCGAUUAUGACAUCGUUAAUGGAGCUGGUGUAACCACCUGGACCAAGAAGUGCUAUUCUUCCGCUGACACCUUCCAGAUUGAUUGCGGAACCCAGAACUCCGCGUGCAAGACGGAUAGCGCGUCCAGACACACAUACUGCAGGAAAUGCUGCACUGGAAGUGACUGCAAGGACGCCACUCCGCCCAGUGCCGUAUCCUAUCUACAAUCUCGGAAGACAUGCCAAGUGACCACGGGCACAUGUACUGGCAGCACCUACAACUGCAAAGAGAGAACAGAGUUGUGCGAUUCCUACUGCCUGUCAGGGUCCAAUUAUGUCGGGGUUGAUGGUACCGGUACUGGUGAGAGGACCUGGAUCAAGAAGUGCUAUACCUCAACUGACACAGCCCAGAUCAACUGCGGAACCCAGAACUCCACUUGCCAGAUGCAGGAGACAUCCAGUGCGACUGUCGGCUACUGCUGGAAAUGCUGUACUGGUGAUAACUGCAACUCAGGCACUCCACCCAUCCCAUGUAUGCCUAUGGCUAUCAUGGCUAUGGAGAGCUCCAAGGCUUCCAACCUGCAAAUUGUCAGCCCAAUCACCAUAUUCCUACUCAUUGCUCACAUCUUCAUUUCACUAAAUAGACCUUAUUAA